AUGUCCGCGCUCGCGCCCCGAGCGAUCGCGAGCGUCGCCGCGCGCCGCGCGCUUUUCCUCCGCUCGCCGCGCGGUCGUAUCUCGCGCGUCUCGCGCCCCCUCCACUUCUUCACGCGAAACGCGACUGACGGCCCUAGCCAAGACAAGCCCUUUCCGCCGGGCGACGCGCGCGAGUACGACGCCGGCGCGAUCCUCAACAGGACGGGUACGCACGCGCGUCGCCCCUCGUUUCCCGCCAUCUUCGAGGACGCGCGCCCGGACGAGCUCGCGCCGCCUCCCUCGCGCCGGGUCCUCUCCUCGUUCCCGACGCUUUUCACGUAUCGCUCCUAUGUAUCCCCGCGCGCAGGCUUCCUCGUCACCGCUCAGUCCUCCCGCGAGCGGAAACGCGUCGCCCGCGCCGUCGAGGAGGCCAAGUACAUGCUCACGCGCGGCGACGAUCCCCCGGCGUUGGGCGAACCCGCCCCGCUGCUCAAGGCGGGCGAGCUCGGAUGCGCCUUCCUCCCGCUCCUCGGCCACCUCCCAAACAUGGUCACCGCGUACGCCAAGGAAGCGGUGACGACAUUCGUAUCCGACCCGCCCCCGCCCCACAACACCCCGGAGUACCUCGCAAGGCUCGUCCCCGUCGAACGCGCGUGCGACGCGUCCGUGCACGCCAUCGCGGAGACGCUGACGCAGAUCGUCGAGUUUGAGCACCCCGAGCUCAGACCGACGUUGGAACCCCAAACGUACGGCGACGCCGCGAGGGACGCCGUUCCUUGGACGAUGCACUACGAACACCACGGCCACACGCGCGACGUGCCCCGCGCCGCGCUCGAGGACGCCGUCGCGGCGAUGUUCCCGCCCCCGGACUUCGUUCGCGAGGACGAGAGCGUCGGUGGGGACACCGCGAACAACGAGAAGUCAAAGUUUUGCGUCUUCGUUGCGGUGUUCGAGGGCGCCGCGCUGGUGACGGUGACGCGCGACUGGGACGUGACGCGCGGGUAUCGCGUGCGGGAGAUGGCGGAGCGCGAGGAGGCGCGACGCGAGGGUGCCGAACACGCCGCGGCGGAGACGACGGGAGGGGGGGGGUAG